AUGCCGCUGGUGAAGUCGCUCUGCCGCGUUUGUGAGCGUCCGACGGCGGACGGCGCUGUCCAGGCUGUCCAAUUGGACAAGGAAAAGCUGCAGACUUGGAUCCUAAAAGUUUGUGGCAAUGAAUUUGCAGAGGAAAUCGAAGAUGAAGACCUGAUUUGCAAUUUCUGCAUCUGGCACGCAGAGUUUCUGGCCAGAUAUGUCACUGAUCUCGAGUCUUUGGCUUGGUGGCCGUUGGAUCUGGAUUAUUUUGACGAAAAGGCGAAAGAGCUGAGGAGGAAAUAUCUAGAAGGGAAAGCAGAGCAGUGCUGGGUUCAGCUGGAGAAGAUUAAAUUGCCCAAAAUUGAGAAGGACGAACAUGGAGAGAAUGAGACAAGGACUGACGGUAGAAAGAGCGGGAAGAAAUGUUUUUACUGUGGAAAAGGAGUCGCGAACAUUAGUAUUCACGUGAGAAAUAUGCAUGAGGAUGCCAUCAGGUGUGACCAUCACAAUUGUGUCACAUAUUUCCACACCGUCGAGGAAAAGGAGAGCCACACCAAGGAACUGCAUGAAAAGUCAAAAGCUAAGAAAAUUUUCAAGUGCAAUUUUUGCAAGAAAGAGUUUCAGAAGUCCAGUGUCAUCAGAAGGCAUAUUCGUCAAGUCCAUGUCGAGUUUCCUGUGAAAUGCAAAUUCUUGGGUUGCCUCUGUUAUUUCAAAUCUGAGUCUGAAAUGAGGGACCACUCUGAUUCUGUUCACAAGGAAGAAGAUGAGGCAAAAGUCUUCAAAUGCCACCAUUGCGAGUUCAAAUCUAAAUCGAAAGAGAAUAUUCUGAGGAUGGCAGAACAGAAUAUUCCCAAAAACACAAUCUUAGAUUAA